AUGGCAGAGCAGCUUUACGAUAUUAUGAGAAGACUACCAUUUAAAGCUUUUUUGAUUUUUUUAAAAAACGAAUUAAAAAAUGUGACUCAAUUAAAUUUACUUUUCCAGAGUGAUGAUGUCGAACCUACUAAAUUAUUUAAAGAUUUAUUUUUAUUAUACAAAAACUUGCUAAAACGACUUGUUGUACCUAAACAAUUGGAGAAAUUGGUGGACUCGGAACAGGUAGACUUCAAUUUCCAGGAGCUUCUAAUGCAUACAGCAUCAAUGUAUUUUGGUUUUGAUUUUCAAAAUAUAUCACAAGAACUUGAAGCUAUUGACUUGUCUGAUGUCAGAGAAAGAUGCAAGAAUUUUUUAUGUUGUCUGGCAGAGCAGAUCCAAAAAAGGCUUCCGGAUAAUUUAUCAAUGUUGAAAACAGUUGCUGAGUUGCAUCCAAAAGUCGCAACAUCUCAAGUUAAACCCGAUAUAAAACCAAUAUUGAAUCACAUUCAGUGA